CUCGUCCAAUCGCAGCCGCCGUCACUGUGACGUGCCGCUGCGCUCCGUUACAUCCGGUCAUAUAAAUCCUGCCACGAGUUAGCGGCGAAUUUGGAGAGUGUCCAUUUUGAGCAGCGGGUCGGCGUCGCUGGUUUUUUCCCCUCAAAUCUUUCAAAGAGCCUCACCGUCACAAUGUCAGACUCCGAGAAUCUGCUCAUGGAGACCUCAGAGCAGAACGGCAACGAGGGAGAGGACGACCAGAACGGAGCCGAGCAGGAACAGGAGCUAAUGGCCGGAGACGAGUGCCCGGAGGAAGUUCCAGAAGAAGUUCAGGACGAGGUUCCAGAAGAAGUUCAGGAAGAUGUGCCGGAAGAGUGUCAGGACGAGUGUCAGGACGAAGGCCAGGAUAACGGCACCGACAACGGCACAGACGGAGGCAAGAUUGACGCCAGCAAGGGAGAAGAGGAUGCUGGGAAAAUGUUCGUCGGUGGUCUCAGCUGGGACACGAGUAAAAAGGACCUGAAGGAUUACUUCAGUAAGUUCGGCGAGGUGUCAGACUGCACCAUCAAGAUGGACUCCAGCACCGGACGCUCCCGGGGCUUUGGCUUCGUCCUCUUCAAAGACGCCGUCAGCGUUGACAAGGUGCUGGAGCAGAAGGAACACAGACUGGACGGGCGUCAGAUCGACCCCAAGAAGGCGAUGGCCAUGAAGAAGGAGCCCGUUAAGAUAUUUGUCGGAGGUUUGAACCCUGAGACGACGGAGGACGCCAUCAGAGAAUAUUUUGGCACCUUCGGAGAGAUCGAUACCAUUGAGCUUCCCAUGGACCCCAAGUCGAAGAAAAGGAGGGGUUUCAUCUUCAUCACAUACAAAGAAGAAGCGUGCGUCCACAAGUGUCUGCAGAAGAAAUUCCACAACAUCCAGGGUGGAAGGUGUGAGCUGAAGAUCGCUCAGCCCAAGGAGGUGUACCAGCAGCAGCAGUACGGAGGAGGACGCGGCGGCGGCGGUGGUGGUGGUGGUGGUUAUGGUGGAGGCCGGGGCAGAGGCCGUGGAGGUGGAGGUCAGAAUCAGGGCCCGAACCAGGGCUAUGGAAACUACUGGAACCAGGGAUAUGGUAACCAGGGCUAUGGCUACGGUGGAUACAGCGGCUAUGGCAACUAUGACUACAAUUCUGGUUACUAUGGGUAUGGCGGUACCGGAUAUGAUUACAGCUCCACAGACCAGGGCAACGCCAGCUACGGCAAAACCCCCAGACGGGGGGGACACCAGACAGGCUACAAGCCAUACUGAUGAUGACAUGGUAUUGCAAGGACUUCAGCGAUCCAAUGAAAACGACCGCUGACCGGACACACCAGGCCGAACUCGACCUCUUUUAUGACAGAAGACCAUUUGUACAGAAAACAUCUGAAAUGUAACUUUUCCAUGUUUAUUUUUUUUUUCCUUUUUGUUUUUUUAAUCCUAUAAUUUUUAGCUUUUACUUUUCCCUUCUGUGUUUAUUUUUUUUUCUCCCCCCUUCCACAUUUCCAUCGACGGAAGUGUAAUUUUUACUGUACUUUUUGGUACCUGUUUUGAUUCUAAUGUAUUGUAAGGGUUGUAUUUUACAUGUUUGUUGGCUUUACAGGUUGAAAAAAAUCAUGGCGCUGUAAAGGAGCUUUUUUGACAAUAAAAACAAGUUUUCAGUAUUUUUUAUUUUUUUGUUCUGAUGCUUCCAGGUUCUGGGGUUGAAGAGUCAAAGGUUUAGAAAGUUCUGUUGUCAAAAUUGGUCGAAACUGGCUUUGUUUUGAAGCAGCAACACAACCCAGUGAUCUGUAAUGACAAAGUUAUUCUGCUUCACUAUGAACUUUUCUUUUUAAAUCUGGAGUCCAGUGUACCAAGAAUGAAUUUAUACUUGUGUUGUGUUUCCUCAAAGGCUGAAGCGUCUUCCAGGACGUUCUGAUUUUUACCAGGGAACUAACAUCUGGAAAUAUCCAUGUAGAAUUGGGGGGGGGCGUGACUCAACCACAUGUAACUGUGGGUCAACUAAUUGUUUUCUAGUUUGCUUUAGUUUGUGUUUGUUAGGUGUCACCUGCGCUCAAGUUAAAUGUCUGCUUAAUUUCUUUUUGGUCUGACUUCAGGCCUCUGAAGUCUCCUCAGCUAGUGUCUGACCAUUUAUUAGUAAUAAACAUUCUCGUUUGUGA